AUUGCAGUGACGAGGGUGGCUGCAUCCCCUUCUCCACCCGGCUCCUCUCCACAACCCAGAUCCCCUUCUCCACCCAGAUCCCCUUCUCCACCCAGAUCCCUUUCUCCACCCGGCUCCUCUCCACAACCUAGAUCCCUUUCUCCACCCGGCUCCUCUCCACAACCCAGAUCAGAUUCCCUGCACGGCAUCAAAAAUAUCUUGCAGGCACUACGGGCAAAUGUAGCCGAGCUGACACCAACUGCAAACUGUUUCAACAUAGUUAGGUCAGGCAUUUUGCAGACUGCAAUUAGAACGGUACAGAGGAGGGCAUUUAACCCGACAUUUAAAAUAGAUGUGGUGUUCAUGGACACACUAGACGGGUCCAGAGAAGGUUCCGUCGACACUGGGGGACCAACAAGGGAGUUUCUAACCCUUCUUAUGAGGGCAAUUCUGGCAUCCAGAUUCUUUGUAGGACCAGAAGACAGCAAGCACCUCAGCCUGGAUUCCAUUGGUAUGUUGACGACAGGACAGUGCAGACACACACACGGAUAUAAAAAAAUGGCCCAAACAUGUACAAGGACUUAACCGGGGGACCUAUGUCAGCAUUGGCAAGAUGAUCGCCAUUUGUAUUGUUCAUGGAGGAGUGGGGCCCUAUGUCUUUUCUGCGAGACUGCUCUGCCAGCUCACAGGGGAACCAGCUCCCCCUGUUGAUGUGAUGGAGAUCGAUGACGAGGAACUGAGGAGUCAGAUCCUGAAGAUUCAACAGGCAUCAACAAUACUGGAGGUCCAUGCUGCUAUAGCCAGUGCGGCCUCAAAUCUGGCGCUAUUGGGGUCCCUGACAGUCAUCAGAACGAUGUCAGACAGGGAUGAGGUUCUGGAGUCUGCUCUCAAAUUCUAUUUGGACAAGAGACUACAUGUCCCUCUCCAACAAUUGCGGCAAGGUUUGGAGUGCUUGGGGGUGCUGCAGGCGGCAGUAGGGAGCACUGCUUUGAGAAGGCUGUUUUCAGGUGGACCCCCUGCCCCACUGACAGCAGAGCAGGUGAUGAAUAUGUUUGCCGUCAACUACUCUGUUCGAGGGAGCUCACGCCGGUCAGAGGAGGAGCGGGCAGUUGGCUACUGGAGGGACUGGCUCAUCGAUGUGGAAGGUAGAAACGGCCAGAGAGUCCCCGGUGAAACGGUGAAACGGCGGCUGUUUCUCAAUUCCUAGCACGCGUACUACGGACUCGAUGACUUGCAAGCACGUACUUGGCAAGUCUGUACUUCAAGCACAUACUUGCGAGCACGCGAGUACGUACCUGCGAUUGGAACAGCAGCGGACUCGAUGACGUCACCACCUCUGCUCGUCCGUUAACUGUGCUACGGCCUCCUUUAGGCAUAUACUACUGAACAAUAUAAACAAAUGAUAUAAAACAAAAUCCCAGCCUCUUUCAUUUUCAAAUAGUAUGUAAAUAUUCUGAAUGAAUAAAAAUUGAA